UUUACGUGUGCUUAUCUUACCAUACGCCAACCUCAAUACCAGAUUUUAUUAAUGUUCCACUCCUCACACAAAGACUAUUUUUCUUCAUACAAACUCUGCAGCUAUGCUCAAUAUCCCAAUUUACACCUAACUAAACAUGGACUUAAUCUCUGCAACUUUUUUCACCCUCACCGCCCUCUUGGUUUCCUUCUGCCUCCACUUCCUUCUCCACAUAAUCAAAUACACUGUCGGUAGCGGCAGUGGUGGCGGCGUGGCCUCACUUCCGCCGGGGAAAACAGGUUGGCCGGUGAUCGGAGAGAGCCUCGAAUUCCUUUCCACAGGGUGGAAAGGCCACCCGGAAAAAUUCGUAUUCGACCGCAUGGCUAAAUACUCCUCACAGGUAUUCCGAACCCAUCUUCUGGGCGAGAAGGCCGCAGUUUUCUGCGGCGCGAACGGCAACAAAUUCUUAUUUUCGAACGAGAACAAGCUCGUCCAAUCAUGGUGGCCCGUUUCGGUCAACAAAGUCUUCCCUUCUUCAACCCAAACUUCCUCCAAAGAAGAAGCCAUCAGAAUGAGGAAAAUGCUCCCCAAUUUCCUCAAACCAGAGGCCCUUCGAAGGUACAUAGGCACAAUGGAUCGUAUAGCACAACGCCACUUCACCGACCAAUGGGAAAACAAGAAAGAAAUAAUAGUUUUCGACCUAGCAAAGAGCUACACGUUCUGGCUUGCCUGUAGGGUUUUUUUAAGUGUUGAAGAUCCAAAACACGUGGCUAGAUUUGCAGACCCUUUCAAUGCAUUGGCAUCUGGUUUGAUCGGGAUUCCAGUGGACUUGCCGUGGACCCCGUUCAAUAGAGCCAUAAAGGCGUCCAAGUAUAUAAGGAAGGAGCUUGUUUUGAUUAUCAGGCGAAGGAAAAUAGAGCUGGCGGAGGGGGAGGCUUUGCCUAGCCAAGAUAUACUAUCGCACAUGCUCGUGACAGGAGAUGAAGAUGGCAAGUUUAUGGAUGAGAUGGAAAUUGCCGACAAGAUUUUGGGUUUGCUUGUCGGAGGCCAUGACACAGCUAGCUCUACGUGUACUUUGAUCGUCAAGUAUCUGGCGGAGCUGCCUGAGAUUUACGUUGGAGUCUACAACGAGCAAAUGGAAAUUGCGAACGGGAAAACUCCAGGCGAGCUCCUCAACUGGGAUGACAUUCAGAAGAUGAAAUAUUCAUGGAAUGUGGCCUGUGAAGUAUUGAGGCUCUCACCACCUCUCCAGGGAGCUUUCAGAGAAGCUCUAGCAGAUUUCGUGUACAAUGGCUUCUCGAUCCCAAAGGGAUGGAAGAUAUAUUGGAGCGCAAGUUCAACUCACAGAAAUCCAGAAAUUUUCCCCGAACCUGAGAAAUUGGAUCCAUCAAGAUUCGAGGGAACAGGGCCAGCUCCAUAUACAUUUGUUCCGUUUGGAGGGGGCCCGAGAAUGUGCCCCGGAAAAGAAUAUGCUAGACUUGAAAUACUAGUGUUUAUGCAUCAUCUUGUCAAGAGAUUUAGGUGCGAGAAAAUUAUACCCGACGAGAAAAUCGUGGUCAAUCCUAUGCCCAUUCCAGCUAAGGGGCUGCCUGUUCGUCUUUAUCCCCACAAAGCUUGACAAAACUGCUUUCUCCUGUAACCUUCCCUUGCUCUAAAUAUUAAUUUAGAAAAUUGUACAAGAAAAAGAAAAAGGUUGAGAUCACACGUCUGAUGCCGAUGUGUGUAUUUAUCAGCUCUAGUAAUUUCCCCGAACCUUAAGGAAUUCUUCAUAAUUUCUAAUGUUCUUUAUAUCUGUAAGUGACUAACCAAAAAGAAAACGAACAGCAAAUGGUAAUAGUGCUGAAGGGUUUCUAUAUUCUACGUACAACACAAACACAAAAUGCAUGAUGGCCUCAUUUAAUAAACAUAAUUCGGGUUCCGUGAGAGCAUGUAUGAGUAAGAAUAAGGUUAAACAAAAAAA